UCAUCUCUUACAAAGAAAACAAAAACAUGAAGUUCUUCGUUUCAGUUGUAAUGUUUUUUCUCCUCUUAAACUGUUUCGCAGCCGCGCAAACUUUGAUUCGAGAUUCUUGCAAAACAGCUGCAGCAAAAGAUCCUAAUCUCAAAUAUGAUUUUUGCGUCCAAUCACUUGAACAAGAUCCGCAAAGCAAAACUGCAACUAGUCUAUCAGGAUUAGUCCUAGCGUCAACGAAUAACGCUGCGUCCAAAAUAAUUAACGUGAAAGGGAUAGUUGAGAUUAUUCUCAAGAGCAAAAAGUAUCAACCGGGUACUGAACCCGCGUUACGCACUUGCGUAGAACUUUAUGACGAUGCUAAUGAUUCUUUAAAAGAAGCUUUGAUGAACGUUAAAUCCGAUGAUUACAGAAGUGCUAAUGUGCAUCUGAGUGCUGCUUUGGAUGAACCGAACACUUGUGAGGAUGGUUUCAAAGAGAAGCACACGAAAUCUCCCGUUACAAACGAGAACAAUAUUUUGUUUCAGAAGAUUUUGAUUCCUUUAGCUUUUACAAAUAUGCUCUGAUGAAAUUACCAUAAGUUCUUGUAUUAUGUAAUAUGGAUUUUUAUUUACCUAAUAAUAAAUUUAAGAGCAGAAGAACAUUAUUUCACUGGAAAUUUUUGCUACUAUUUGAAACUUUUUUUAAAAAAAAAACAGUAAAAAUAAUAUCUGUAAAAAAAAAAAAAUUUAAUGAGCAAACUCAACAAAUCAUGACUUAUCCAAAGACCUUAAGGUUACUAUUAUUUCAAUAGUAUAACUAAAAUAGCUUCGCACACAUUUUAUAGGUUUGAAUUCUAAUCCUAUUUGUGUAUAAUUGGACAUUUAUUCUGAAAGUCUUUUACAUGCGUUUUCCAGGGAGGAAUAUGAGUGUGUUAGCCUUGUGGUUAACUAUACAAUGAGUUGAAGAAUAGUGUGAACUUCUUCUCGUGUUGAACUAUGUCAAGUGGAGUGAUACGUGGACACCAAGUAAGGCCCUGUUCGUUUCGUGGUCGCCAGCGUCAGCGACCAGAGUCAGCGACCAGCGACUGCGACAUGAUGUCGCUGAUAGUUGUUCGUUUGAAGGUCGCGCGAUUGAUCGCAGCGGUUGUCGCUAUGCUGUUCGUUUCUAUGUCGCGCGAUUGAUCGCAGCGGUUGUCGCUAUGCUGUUCGUUUCUGUAUCGCUGGCGACCAAAUAUUUACUUUUGACAUACAUUUGCUCUUGUGUACUUAGGUUUCGUCAAAAACGUGGCUAAAUCAUUAAAACUGUAAAGUGUAAUAAAUCACACCAUGGAUGCAAUAUGUUUAAUCAUUUCAAUUUCUUAUAUUUUUCCUUGUA